AUGGUUGACUUCAAUACUAUCGCUUCAUUCGUUAUAACAGAUGAAACAGAUUUCAUGGAGAUUGAAAUAGAUGGAAAGAAGCACGAAAUAAGAUUUCACAAUAAUGUAGAAUAUAAGAUGGAAACAUUAGCUGGAGUGUUAAAUGCUCUCAUAAAUACUACAAUAAACAAGGAUAACGAAGAAAACUUAAUGAAUGUUAAACUUAUUGCAGGAGUUUUGAAGUUCAGUUAUGCGAAGGAGUUUAAGAUACCAAGAAUGAGUCAUAGAGUACAACUUCUUUUGGGUGCAUACCAUAUGACAUUUCCUUUGAAAAGUGUUGACAAAACGAUUGAGAUGAAAUCUGUUCCAUACGUAUGUUAUGGUAAUUGUUUAUACAUUGAGUCUAAAAUAGCUAAUGUCACAGGCAUUUCAGGAGUUAAUAGUAAAGGUUCAGUAGAAUAUAAAUCCUUCUGUUAUGCAGUCAAUUCAAUGUUCAUUCCAAACGUUCCUGUCAUAGCAACUCAUUUAGGUAAAUGGGUUCGCAUUAGUCCUCAUAAUUUGAAAGACAUGCAAUUCAGACUUGUUGACUUUCAAGGAGAGCCU